AAUUUUUAUACAAAUCGCAGCAUUCUAAUAACAGGCGCUACAGGAUUUUUGGGAAAAGCAUUGAUAGACAAAAUAUUGCGGUCUUGCCCCGACGUAGAAAAAUUAUAUUUACUCGUGAGAGCUAAAAAAGGAAAAAAUGUUUUGGAAAGAGUGGACACCUUAUUUGAAGACCCUGUAUUUGAUCAAUUAAAACUAGACAUGCCAAAUUAUCGACAUAAAAUAAUAGGGAUUAAUGGCGACUGUUCAAUAGUGGGACUUGGUUUAAAUGAAAAAGACAGAAAAAUGAUUUGUAGCAAAGUUUCUAUAUGCAUUCAUAGUGCUGCUACAGUUAGGUUUGAUGAAGAGAUGAAAGAAGCCGUUGCCAUUAAUGUGCAAGGAACCAAGGAAAUUAUUCUAUUAUGUAAAGAAAUGCUUAACAUUCAGGCACUUGUACAUGUAUCGACAGCUUAUGCUAAUUGUCAUAGAACGGAAAUUGAUGAAAAGACCUAUCCACCUACAAUUUCCAGUGAAAACCUUAUGAAGCUAUGUGAAUGCCUUGACAGUUCAACGUUAAAUUGCUUCACACCUUCGCUGUUAAAAAAAUUUCCGAAUACAUAUGCUUUUACCAAAUCCGUAGCAGAAGAUGUGGUUGAGAAGUAUGCUAAAGGAUUACCAGUUGCUAUAUUUAGGCCUGCUAUAGUGAUUAGUUCGGCAAAGGAACCAAUUUGUGGAUGGAUAGACAACAUGUAUGGGCCAACAGGCAUUGUAGUAGGCGUUGGCGCAGGCCUCAUUCGAACAAUGCAUAUGGACCGGCAAGUUGCUGCUAAUGUGGUUCCCGUCGAUAUGUGUGUGAAUGCCAUAUUGGCCUGUGCAUGGGAUAUGGGAAUGAAUAGGUAUGAUGAAGUUCCGGUAUAUAAUUACGUUUCAUCAACGCGGAAUAGAAUGACCUGGGGAACUUAUAUGGACUACUACCAAAUCUAUGGACGAAUGAAGCCCAGUUCGCGAGCAGUAUGGUACUACGCACUUAAUGAUACAAAAUAUCAUUUUUUGUUUUGGAUAUACACACUAUUCAUGCACAUUUUACCUGCUGCAUUAAUUGAUAGUCUUUUUGUACUGAUCGGAAAACAACCUAAACUGCUAGCUGCUUAUAGAAAAAUUCAUAAAUUCGUGGGAGUCAUAGCAUACUUUAGCACGAGAGAAUGGAAAUUUAAUGAUCAAAAUGUAGUGAACCUUUGGUGUAAACUAUCAUUACAAGACAAGGAAGAAUUUUAUUUUAAUAUAGAAAACUUGGAUUGGCAACAGUAUAUUAAAAGCAGUAUUGAUGGAAUCAGACUCUUUUUGUUUAAAGAUGAUCCAUCCACAAUACCAACAGCAAUUAAAAAAAUGCAAAGGUAUUUAUUAUUCAUUUACAUAAUUAUCCCUUUAUAUUUACGGUUGAUAAAUAAAUUUAUUUAA